AUAUAUAUGGAUCUAUACAGAUAUACGAUAUGGUAUAACUCGAUGAACAAGUCCGAAUCUCUAACAUGGACUAAUCAAGAAAUAGGAACAACAUGGCCCACCAAACAUGUCAUAACUCAAUCAACGCACAUGAACUUGUAACUAGUGUCCAAGGAUUCUUGUUAACACUUGAUAAAUCAAAUGGGAUUUCUUGGAAAAUAUUACAGCCAGCUUGCAACAACUAAGCAAGAAUUCAACUAACCUUAUUGCAACAUAGUUAGGUAUAAAUAUAUAUAAAUAUAAGCAAAUUAAAUAGCUCCAUAACAUUUAUACUUCAAAAAACAUGGCAAUUUUCCACUGCAGAUUUUUCUUCACAAGUCUCUUCAUUUUCUGCAAGAUAGUCAAUGUAUACUCGAGCGGCCCGGUUUAUACGCCUCCAGAUGUCGAACGAUUGACCGAUCGUUUUAAUCAAGUAUCGGUUAAUAAAAGUUACGACGUUUUCUUUGGAGGGUCUAAUAUUCACGUGCCGAAUAAUGGGACCAAUGCUGAUCUAAGUUUGGACAAAUCCUCAGGAUCGGGAUUGGUGUCGAAGAACAAAUACUACUACGGAUUCUUCAACGCUGCUCUAAAACUGCCGGCCGGUUUUACAUCAGGAGUUGUGGUGGCAUACUAUUUAUCGAAUGCAGAUGCUUUCCCUCACAACCAUGACGAAAUAGAUAUCGAACUUUUGGGUCACGAAAAAAGAAAGGAGUGGGUCCUACAAACGAACAUAUACGGAAACGGAAGUGUAAGCACCGGUCGAGAAGAGAAAUUCUACCUAUGGUUCGAUCCCACGCAAGCUUUCCACAACUACAGCAUCCUCUGGAACAAUCAUCAUAUUGUGUUCUUGGUGGACAACAUACCUGUAAGAGAAGUGGUUCACAGUAACGCAAUCGCCUCGGUUUAUCCAUCAAAGGCAAUGUCGGUUUACGCCACAAUCUGGGAUGGAUCCGAAUGGGCAACUCGUGGAGGAAAAUACCCCGUUAAUUACAAUUUUGCCCCUUUUGUAGUAUCCAUGAGAGGAAUCGAAAUGGAGGGGUGUGUCAUAAAUCAGAAGGAAAUAACGGCCACCUCGUGUUUAAGGGGUAGCCCUUCGAGCUUAGACCCUGUCGAUGGAGAACAAUUCGCAAAGUUAUCGAGCCAAGAGGUAGCAGGAUUGGAUUGGGCUAGAAGGAAGCACAUGUUUUACUCCUAUUGCCAAGAUAAGUCCCGAUACAAAGUUCUGCCUCGAGAAUGCAAUUCCAGUUAGUCGAAUUUUAAAUUCUUGAUUCUUUACUAUUGAAUUUUAGACAACAUAUAUACACAAAGGAAGUGCAUAAUCAAGUCAAGAAAGUCUUUUAUUU